GCUGAACUGAUUCGUUUGUUUUUGUUUGGUUUUUCUACCCGCGAAAGUUGCUCCCAUCAUUAUUUACAUUAGUUCCUCCACACAGUUUAGUUAAUUCAAGAAAGUUUAAACAAUAACUGAUAUUAAACGAAGUAAAGUGAUGAAGUGCGUUGUGCCGUCGUGCCCGUAUGACGAGGAGUCGACGACGCUGCAGUUUUUCUCGGUUCCGCCAUCCUGCAGCAGUUCGUUCAAGAAAUGGCAGGCGCACUUUUUCCUGUCCGGCUUGCGGUACGAGAAGAUUUGCCAGCUGCAUUUCGUCGACAGUGACUUUCGAAAGAACGUGCGCCAAGAGCUCAAACCAAAAGCCGUCCCGAAACUCAACAUACCCACCGAGGGACCAAAAUUGGCCACCUCCGCUAGAAACGCCUGCUGCGUCGCCAAAUGCCCAACAAAUACACGAAAACAGUCGUUGACCUUUCCGACCAAGAAACCCUACGUGCUCAAAAAGUGGAAAGCUGCCCUAUCGAUGGAAAGCACCGCCAGCACCACCAACCUGAGAGUGUGCCCGCUUCACUUCGAACCACGUGACUUCCGGACGGUGACCAGCCUGUACCUGAAACCCAACGCGGUUCCGUCCAAAAAGCUAGCCAAACUGAAAACGGAACCAAAGCGCAAGCGACUCCCACCGGAGGAGCGUCCGGUACACAAGAGCAACCGGUGCUGUUUCGUGCCCGGAUGUUCGCACCGAGCUUGCGAGGGGAUUUCGCUGCACAACUUUCCAAAGCCUAGUGAUCGGCGAUACGGGCGUUGGGUUGGGGCCAUAAAUAGUCCGAGGGAGCCAACCAAGAAUUCGAGUGUGUGCAGCAAGCAUUUCGUCAAGACGGACUACUUUCCAGGCGGCAAGAUGUUGAACAGGAAUGCGAUUCCAUCGCAGAAUCUUCCAGACGGUGGGACAUUCUCCGGAUCGGUGCUGAUUGUUCAACCGAAUUUCCAAGCUGAAGUCGAGAACGACUUUGCUGCUGCCGUGAAGGUGGAGGAUCCUCUGGAUAUUGAUUGAAAUAAAUAGACUGUCGUUGUCUUUUUCGUUA